AUGAAAAGCUCAAGGCAGUAUGAGGCUGAGUGCCGAUACUUGUAUUCAUAUUUUUCUGGAAACGGUGGAAGCGAGGGACAGAAGCUUGUGGAGAUAUUUUCCCGGAGGUCACAAGAACUCAAGGCCAUUUGCCAGACCUACAGUGUUCUAUAUGGCCAUGAUCUUCUUCGUGUCAUCUCGAGCAAUCAAAAGAGCAGUGCAUUUAAUAGAUUGGCUUAUCUGCGCGUGAGUGAUCCUCAGAGCCGUGAUGCUGAGAUUCUUAGAAAAUUACUUGUGGCGGGAAGCAUCAAUCUGGGCACAGUGAUUGAGAUAACAUGCACCCGUUCUUCGUCAGAGCUGCAUUACAUUAAGCAGCAAUACCAAUCUCGAUAUCAAUCUGAUCUUGAACGAGACAUCUCCAUGAAAGUCAGCGGCGGAUUCAAGGAGAUACUAGCUGCAGUAUGCAAGUCAUGUCGCAACCACGCCCACAAAGCGGACACGAGCCUGGCCUUCUGUGAUGCUAAGACUCUGUAUGAAUCUGUGGAGAGUGGGAGGACCAUUGAUCAGAAGACCAUCAUCUCACUCCUGAGCCAGCGGAACACAUCCCAAGUGAAAGCCAUUCUACUUUCCUACAAGCAGCUUUACGGACACGAAUUCUCCAAGCUGAUCAAGCAAAGCAAGUGUGGCCAAUUUGGACGGGAUCUUCGCAUAGUCAUCAGAUGCAUUCAGAACCCAGAGAAGUUCUUCGCGAAACAGCUCAGGAUGAGGAAUGCUGACACCAGAGAGAUUCUCGUGCGAAUUAUAGUCACUCGCUCGGAAAAGGACAUCAAGGACAUAAACAGGGCUUUUACUGCUAAAACGGGGAGCUCUCUCGAGUCCCUUGUGAGAAGGGAAUUUAACGGUGUCAAAGAGAAGGGCAGUGAAACUGUGGCGGCCAUCUUACUUGAGCUCAUCAGGGGUUAA